CAGGUUCUCUCCUUCAAGGUGGAGGUCUCCUACAUGGAGAUAUACAACGAGAAGGUCCGUGACCUGCUGGACCCUAAAGGGAGUCGGCAGUCUCUGAAGGUCAGAGAGCACAAGGUUCUGGGUCCGUAUGUGGACGGUCUGUCACAACUGGCGGUCACCAACUUUGAGGACAUUGAGGUGUUGAUGUCGGAGGGGAAUAAGUCGAGGACGGUAGCGGCCACCAAUAUGAAUGAGGAGAGCAGUCGUUCCCACGCCGUUUUCAGCAUCAUCGUCACACAGACACUCUACGACCUAAAGUCUGGGAACUCAGGGGAGAAGGUGAGCAAGAUGAGCCUGGUGGAUCUGGCUGGUAGUGAGCGUGUAUCUAAAACUGGAGCUGCAGGGGAGAGGCUGAAGGAGGGCAGCAACAUCAACAGGUCUCUUACCACACUGGGCUGUGUGAUCUCUGCGCUGGCGGACCAGUCUGCGGGGAAGGGGGGGAAGAAUAAGUUUGUUCCUUACAGAGACUCUGUCCUCACCUGGCUUCUCAAGGACAACCUGGGUGGCAACAGUAAGACGUGUAUGAUCGCCACGGUGAGCCCAGCAGCUGAUAACUACGAGGAGACGUUGUCCACGCUGCGUUACGCAGACCGCGCCAAGAGGAUCGUCAACCACGCCGUCGUCAAUGAAGACCCCAACGCACGGAUCAUCAGAGAGCUCCGGGAGGAAGUGGAGAAACUCAGAGUACAGCUCUCUCAGGCUGAGUCUCUAAAGGCUCCAGAGCUGAAGGAGAGGCUUCAGGAGUCAGAGAAGCUGAUCCAGGAGAUGACCGUUACCUGGGAGCAGAAACUACGCAACACAGAGGAGAUUGCUACGGAGCGUCAGCAGCAGUUAGAGAGUAUGGGGAUCUCCCUGGAGACGUCUGGGAUCAAAGUUGGAGAUGACAAGUGCUUCCUGGUCAACCUGAAUGCAGACCCCGCCCUCAAUGAGCUGCUGGUCUACUACCUAAAGGAACACACGCGUGUGGGUGCAGACACCUCUCAGGACAUCCAGCUCUUUGGGAUUGGUAUCCAGUCAGAACACUGUGUGUUGGAGAUCAGCCCAGAUGGGGGGGAGGUCACCCUCACCCCUAUAGAGAAUGCCAGAACCUGUGUGAAUGGAACCAUGACUGAGUCCUUGGUCCACCUGUGGCAUGGAGACCGCAUAUUGUGGGGCAACAACCACUUCUUCAGGAUAAACCUGCCUGGGAGGAAGCGGCGUGAGCGUCUGAAGGAGCUGGAGAGGGAACGGGCGUCCCCAGGGAGAGCUAUGUAGAGGUAGACGUAGAGACAGACAGCGAGGCCUCC